GACCUUCUAAAAACGUUAAAAUGUGUGACUGGCACGCGAAACCUUAAAUUAGAGUGAAUAAAUGAAGACUCGGCACCCCACUUCUGAAAGGUUGCCGACCCCUGGCUAGACACUGAGGAGAAAGCCAAUCUGUCCCACUGGCUGCACAGUCUCCUCUCUGGGUUCAGACCCUGCUUCCCUCUCAGGGAGCCUCACUGCAGGGUGAGUGCAGCCACUCCCAGCUGGGAUCCGCCGGAGCUCACUUGCCUGCUGGUUUUCAUUUGUCCUUCCCAGUGGCUUGGGGACUGCUGAUGUUUUAGGGCCUGAUUAGCUGCUUGAGCACAGUUUGGUUCUGGGUGGGAGUGUUUGCUUCAGCGGCUGGGAUACUGAGCCCAGGAAGCGCUGUUCUGUAGCAGUGAUUCUCAGCCACUAGACACUCGAUGGGUAGGCUGGGUGGAACGGGGCUGCCAUGCCUAAACCCCAUCUCUCUAACCUGGCUCCUGACUAUCCAAAAAGUGGUGCAAAUGGCUCAGUUUGAGAAGGUAGAGUCCUUUCCCCCAAGCCCUGGGAGAUGGCUGCUAUCUGUGCUGAUUAGGAAUGUGCACCUCACCCUGGGAGGGAAAGUAUGCAUAGCUGAGCUUUUAAUGAGCAUGAAAUGGCAGGAGAAGCCAAGGGCAAGGAAUGGCCUUGCCAUAGGGAGGUUUUCAGUUGCUUUCUUUCUGUGCAGAUUGUGUCUUUAUAUAUACCCCCUCCAUGGCCUUCAGCCACAUGACACGGCCUUUCUAAGAAGCCUCUGCUUGCCUCUUCCAAAUAUCAUUGAAGGUUUGAGGAGUUAACUCCUUGCCACGGAUCACUCCUGCAGAGUGGCAGAUUAUUGACUCUGCGGAAUCCUCUUUGUUCUGGAAUUGUCACACCUUGUGAAGGGUCUGAACCUGUCACUAGGGUUUGUCCUGUUAACACCUUAAAUUGCCCCUUUGUGAGUUGGAGGCAUUAUGUUGAUGGCCAAAAGUUAUUCUGGUGACUAGGAGUAUGGACUUCUGGGUCAUUUAUCUAUAGAAUCAUAGAUUCACCAUCCCAGUGGAUGCACGCGGCAUCACUUGAUUUAUUGAGGGCAUCACCUGGCAUGUGGGUGAACAAACUUGGGGUGCAGCAAGAGACAAUUUUGUUGAUUAAAUGUGAUACCAUUUAUAUUUUAUCAGACAGUCAUUUCUUAAACUAUACUUUUUUAUGAACAUAAAUAUAUAUUAAAGUAAGAACACUCCUGGUCUGUUUCUGUAUUAAAAUGGCAUUUCAAAAAUCCACAGUGAGGUGUGCUGGCCAUCUUUGUUCUUGGUGCAGGUUCCAAUUCUCAGAUGACAAUUGAAUAUUCUGCACCCUGUUCAAAUCAUGUUAGUGAUUCUGCAUCCCUCCACCGGCUCCCCAUUCUCUAGCCUAUCAAACACAAGCUACUUGUCUUCACUUGCCUUCCUGGCCUAUCUCCUCCCUCCCUUUCUCCUCUCAUUCACUAUCAGGAUGUCGACCUCCAUCUCCCAUUGGUCGUGAGGUCAGCCUCCAUCGCCUACACACGCUUUCUCCAGCGCUGCCCCUCAUGCUUGGGAGGAGCUCCCAAUAGCGCCCCCUCCCCCUGAGCUAUUUCAUCAUCCGCCUUCAAAACCCUCCUUAACCUCUCCUUGGCCACGAGACCGACACAAACAUUGACAGAGACCACUGCUGAUCAUACUGACCCAUAUUGUCUCAUUGUUCCCUUGUGCCCCUCGGCUGUCUAAGUCCUUCAGUUGGGUCUCAUUUUAUAGUUGGGUUAGAAGCUUUUUGGGGAGGGCCCAUCUCUCUGGGGCUCCUAGAUGCUCUGGUAAUAAAAACAAUAAUUCUGGAAGGAGGUUGCAGCCGUGAGAAUACCUAUGGAAUCUAUCUAUGAGCUGGUCAUUUUUCAGUCAUCACCAUAACCUGGGUGCUUCCCUCUUUCGUUCUCUAGCUCAGCCCUUGGAAUGUCUUUGAAGGGACUGUUUGAUAAACACUGAAUUCCACUUUCUUACUGGUUCGAGAUCUGUCUCAGCAGCUACAGGUGUUCCCAACUCUUCCCAUUUUCCCAUUUUUGUCAGCCUUGAAUUGCCAUUUCCAGCCGUAGCAUCAGCCCGUUGCGUCCGUGUUGGCUUCAGCCUGCUGGCCUAGUGUCGGCCGACUCCAGUUCCAGCAGAGUGUUCUGCCAGGCUGGCCCUGCGUCCUGGACCCAGCCGUUAGCGCCAUUCCCCCAGCGUAGGUAGCUGAGAGCUGCUAAAGGUAAUAUCUAUGCUGGCCCUCAGCCCCGGGUGCGCAAACCUCCAGUGACUUCCAUUUCCUGCAUCAUAGCCGGGUUUCUGUGGUGGUUUCUUGCCUCAGUGAAAAACACGUUUGUAUUGUCUUUGCGGAGCGAGCGUCCUUGGGUGAACAAGGGUUUGUGUGACAGCAAAUUGCAGCCGCUUGUGUAAACAGGGGAAAGGAAGUAGGAGGAGGGAGGUCAUACGGCCUUUGUAUACGGCACUAGUGAGAGCACUGCUGGAAUAGGGUCCAAUUCUGGUGUCCGUACUUCAGAAAAGCUGUUGAAAAACCGGAGCAGAGAAUGAUCCGAGUGUUGGAAGAAAGGUGGCUUAUAAUGAGAGACUUAAGGAGCUCAGUCUCUUUAGCUUACUGAAGAAGAGGCUGAGAUGGCUUGAUCCUGGUCGGUGUCCAGCGUUGGUUUUCAAGGAAUUUGGACCUAUUGGAAGCUCCUACUACCCUAAUGCCAUGAAGAUUGAGGUGAACAAUGUGGAAGAAAAAGCUGUCCAUUCUUGGUCAAGAAUCUCUUCGGCAGGACAAAAAGCCCUGGAGGAAGCCCUCAGAGUCUUCAACCCCAUGUCCAAGGACCUUUCAGAUACCGAAACCCAGCUGGUGGCCUUUCUCCAAGGCCUCAAGGAGGAAGGCUACCAGCCCACCGUCUUAAGGAGCAAGGAUGUUUAUGGGUACAGCUCCUGCACGGCGGAUACUCCCAGCCAGACACAAGAGAGCACACGAGACGAUUCAGACACAGGUGCUGCUGUCUCUGACUGUACGAAAGCUCCGGUUAGAAGCCCUGCCGUGACAGCCGAGGUGCCUGGGACACUCGCGGAGGUUUCGGUCAGCUCUCCUAGCGUUCGCACCAAGCCUGUCUCUAAAGGGAGUGCCACAAACCUGCUGCUCAACUCCUUGAAAGAGACCCGGUCAGGCACAUCGAAGGCCUCAGCAAUGGGCUUCCCAGCUAAUAUGUACCCUGACGUGUAUCCAGCCAUGAGACUCUCUGUCGUUCUGGAAGCCUUGGUCCCACUGGAAGCCACAGCAUCCUGUUUGGAGUCCAAAUACAAACAGGGGCAUCUUGGAAUCUCCCCCUCAGACCUGAAGCUUCUCAAGGCAUCGGGUGCCUCGAGGCAGAACACUAAGCUGCCCUCGGGGCAGUUCGACCCCAAAGGCUAUAAACACGUAGUUAAGAAAGCGCCAGAUUCUUCCGCUCUAGCUGUAACGCUUCUGAAGGGAACGAAAGGUGGGGUGCUAAAGGAGAGUAAUGGUUGCAAAGCAUCUGGAAUCCUGAAUGGGAGGAUUCCAGGCAGCUCAUCUCAGUGUUGCAGUGGGGGGUCACAGGCCAAGGCCUUUAAAAGUAAAGCCAAGGAAGUUCCGGUGGGGAGAACUGACUGGAAAGACAGCAGUAGUCAGGAGACAGUUGGGCAGAAAAGGAAAAGAGCCGAGGAGGUGAAAGAAGCACCACAGAAAAAGAAGAAAAAUAUCAUGACUAAACCUGAACUAAGUCAGAGCACUUUGAACCUGCUGAGAUCCCGGGCCAUUAAGGUGGACGGCUCGUCGUCAGACGAUGAAGUGAGGAGGAGAGCACAGAAGAUCCUUAGGGUUAACCUGUCCCCUGUGAUCAGAAUCCAGCCAUGGUCCCCCUCUCACAGUGUCCCCUGAGUUCCUUCCUUUUGUCACUUUUCUCUUCAAUACAGAAGUGUGAACCAGCUGCCAGGCUGUGGAGAUGUGUAAGAGCCACUUUCAUUCUCUAGUGUCCGGCAACAGGAUCACAGCCGGUACCUGCAGACUUUGGGCAGCUUGCUCCACGGCUGUUGCUGGCUGCCCGGCAACAUUCUGCAGAGUUGGACUGCGCGAGGACAAAACCGUGUUUAGAAAUACAGGACAACGACUCCCAGCCCCCGUGGUGAGCUGAGCGAAGCCAGGUGCUAGUGUCUGUGCUGUGCUUUUCCGAACGUGCUGGAGCACAUGUCUGUGCAGUGGGGAGCGCGUGACUUUCUCCUGACGUUCAUGCACUGUGAUAUUUUGCUCUUUUUCAAGCUGUACGUUUCUUGGUUUUAUUUUGAUCAAAUUUUAUAACUUUAUUCUAUAUCUAUAUAUCUACACACACACAAUGCCCUGGCACUGUCUGAAGACACGUCUCCUCCGCCGCUCUGGAGCUGGGUUCGCCCUUCAGUCAGUCUUUUGUCGAAAGGUGCGGGGUUUCUUUCCCAUCGUCAGUGUUGUUACCUGUCUGUUCUGGGCUCUUUUGAGAAGCUCAGAAGCAGGCAGAGUUCUAGCCACAUGUUUGUCUCUGGAAACACCAUGCCGGAUGGAGACUUACCAGCUCGUAGCUGAGUUUAGGUCUAUCCUGUUCAGGGGACCUCGGCAAAGAAAAUGGAAAGUAGGGGAGGGCUGAUUGGGCUGUUAGCUCUGACGCUCUCUGGGUGCUGCCCCCUUUCGCUAUUAGCACAAAUGCUAAAUGCUUCCUGUGGGUUUGCUUCCAAAGAGCGCCGGGGGAAAGGUGCUGUCAUGCCCCGCCCGUUAACUUAAGAAAUGAAUUUGUGGCUGGUUGUCGACCCAAGAUCUGGGGCUGCCAAUCAGCGGAUACUUAAUAUUUCCUGGCCAGACCGUCAUCACUUGAGUGCUGCUGAACAUUCCAGUGACUUGCGGGUUAGGUCGAGAACUCGCCCACUGUGAUUCUGAAUGUAUCGAGUGUUGCUAACGUGCUGCUGGCUCCAGGGGAAUGUGUAUGGAUGAGAACCAGAGCACAGCACCAGCAGGUUCAUCAAACGAGUUUCCAGCCCUUUUUUUAACAUUUCAGGAGAAGAAGGUAUUCGUUUCUGGGGAGUGGUUUGCGCGGGGUUAAGCCACUGUAUAUUUAUUUCUCAUCCUGGAUUUCAGAUUUGCCAGCUCUUCUGGGAUUUUAGGGUGAUGAUCUGCUGCAGGGUAUAAAAUCUUUCUCUGCUUAGCGUCUCCGUGCUCAGUUCUAUGUUCAGGGGAGCAGGAGAAGACAAGGGGUAGGUGCCUCCUUCCCUCCUCACUGGGAGAGUCUGGCAGGUACAGGCUGGGAAUAUGCCUAUCUCACUUGCAGUUACGGUGCUGGGUGUGAUCUGAAGGCAGAGCCUUCACUGGUUACGGUUGGUUCUGCCUUCUGCUGUUGGAAGGGAAUUGCCAAUUGCAUGUGAACUAUUGUAAAAUUCCGACUGUCAGUGCUGGAUGGGGCGUGACCAUCGCCCUGCACAGAGAGACAGCCUUCGUCAUCUCGUACUUGACUAACAGGGACUCUCAAUCUAGAGACCAUGAAAACAGAAAGGGACAUUUCCCCCCCUUCUCCAGAGGAGAGUCAAUCCAAAGUGCUGAGGCUGUUUGUGGGAGGUCUCUCGUUACCGGGAUGCCCUGUUUUGUUAACACACAAGCACACCAGAAGGUCGCACACUUUGUUGCAUGCAUGGACGAGCUGUGCGUCCAAUGAGGGAGCAGCAUAUUAAGCUAUUGCCUGUAAUGCACAGGCAGCAGCGGGGGGGGGAGAGGGGGGCAGAGAAGCUCCUCUCCCUGCAGCACCAGCUGGACCCCGGGGCCUGACUUCCCUUUCCCUUACACCGGUGAAAUCAGGUUUUUCCAGGUCCCCCAACCCACAGCCUUCUGCCAGCUGAUGCCUAGAGCAUCCUCUGGACUGUUGGGAUGGGUCGGCUCUGGGGUGCCGGAGCAGUGCCUCCACGUGCUGCGUGUUCCAGGGGAUUCAGCCACCACAGGCCAUGGCAUGCAAUGUCCCACCUGGCGUCGGCUGGCUCUGCUAACCUGCUCUUCCCCACUUCACACGGCGGCUCCUAGCUGUUGCUUCCUUGGAAAGCAAGCACCCUCCAUACAGUAUCUGGCCAAUCUGUGGAGCACCAUUCAAGAGGGCGCAGCUGCCCCCCGAGCUCCACAGCAGUCGCGCUAUCGGGAGUUGCUAGCUGCUAAUGCCAUCGCUGGCCAGGUGCUCACCCCGCCAUAGGACGUGCCCUUCAGUGGCUGCCCCGGGCUGGGUAUAGGAUGGAAAUGUUUCCUUUUCACUCUUUGUUUUCACAGCCCUCGUGUUUUAAUUUUGCAAAGUGUUCCCAUUGCAGGAGUGGCACUGGGUGAGCGGGGGCUGUUUGAUCACUCCUCUCCCAUUUUCCUCCCUUCCCUCUGCUCGGCCCCUUCCCUGUGUUUCAUGCAGGCUGGGGAAUAGCCUGCCCUCCAGUGGAUCUUCCCAGUCUCGAGAGGGCUCAGAGCUCCAGCCAGUUGGGAGCGCUCUGUUCCUCCUCCUCUCCUCUCUACAGGCACUGCAGCAUUCUCUCCUGUUCUGGCCACGGCAGUGCAUUGCCCGGCUUCGCUCGUCAUGCAGCUUCUCGGAGCCUGCGGCGGCGAGUCCAGCUCCCAUUGAAGCCAGUGAGAAAUGCACCUGCUCAUACCCAGGGCUGAAUCCAGGCCUAGGUCUCUUCCUUCGGCGUAUGCUGAGCCUCUCCAGAGAGGUGAGCAGCUGUGGCUGCCCCCGGGUGCGUUACCCCCUGCAGCACUCUGCUGCCUGCCUCCCCACCUCGCUCAGCUCCCGAAAGCUUUGCCGUGUCCCUGAGGCGGCUCACGCUUCUCUCCCCCUGCGACUGCACACGUCAAAUGGGGCUUGUUGCCUUCGCACUGCUGGGCCUCCCCGCUCGUCACUUCAGAGUUCCUAUAGCCUGUGGAAAAGGGGGGGUCCACCCAGGUUCUCCUGCAAGGGGUGGGGGCGGUGGGAUGUGGCGGCCCGGUUCCUGGACAGCUGGAAGCCGCUGUGGCUCUCCGCUUGGUUGGUCGGUCGAGUGUGCGUGAGGUUGUGUGUGUCCGCGAUAGGCACGGCAAUACAUUCUUCCUGCCCAGAAUCCCGCAGAGCAGGUGUCUGAGCUAGCAAGGGUCGUGGGCAGAGCUGGCAGUGCAGUGGGGCGCUCAGGGGUUUGGUCCAGUGCAGGUGGGGAAUGCAGAUACCCCACUCGCAAACCCCUUCCCCUUCAUUGUUUCAAGGGGGGCUGCAGGCAGCCCUUGGAGCCCUGCUGGAGAGAAUCCAGCUCCAUGCCACGUGUUGUUGUGCUAGCCCCUGGAGACCCGUCAGCCACGGAGCCCCAUUGUGAGGGUGCUGCACAGACAGUGCUGGAGUUGAGGGUAUGGGCCCUUCCCUCCCACCAUCGCUCAGGAGAGGAGACGCGGCCUUUCAGGGCUGCGUGCUGUGCCCUUUCCUGCCCGUCGGGGCUGGGUUGGCACAGAGGUGUAAGGGCCUGCAGGAUCGUUCUUUACUGAUUGACUGGCAUUUCGGGCAGCCACAGGGCCGUAUCAGGAACCGAUCCAGUAAGUGCUGAAAGUGUUACACUGCAGUGCUCUGCACGCAGGUGGUUUUCAGUCUGCUUUUGUGUAGAUCACCCAAGUGCCUAGUCUGGCGGUGCUGUUCCUGGGCACAUUCAGAGCCACGCUCAGCAGUGCUUGUCCUGUGUGGAUUAAUGCUCCUGUCGUUCGAAUGAGGGCUGCCGAGGGCUGUACUUAACCACCUUCCUGGGGAAUCAUGUCCAUUUUUACUUACCUGCCAGGAGUCCGUUUGUGUUUCACCUGCCUGAGUUGGCUGCACCAGUAACAAGUGACCCGGGGUAGCGGCCCCUGCACUUCCUUCUGUGUGUUAGCGAGGCCAGCCGUUCUCGCAGGGAAAGCAGCAUGUGUCUGCAUGGGUCCGUGAAAGGAGGGGAGGGUCUGAUUGUCAGAUGUUUGGUUGAAAAUCUGCUGUUAAUGAGUAGACGUGAAAUUUGAACGCAGACCUGUGUUGUGACCACGCUGCAUCUUCCUGCCUCUCAUUUCAGUAAGAGGAAUUUCUCCUUUGCUUCCUCUCUGCAAACCGUGUUGUACAGUGUCGCGGGCAGAGACCUGCUGAGUGCUCCACCCCAGAGGUGGCUGCAGGAGUACCCCAGUAUGUGAUCUCUAGAGCACUUUGCUGCAGAAACCGAAGGGAUGAUUUUGUACGUAUUUAAAUGGUAUAGCCCCCCUCCCCCCGUAGCACGCCUGUCCUGCUCCUGUGGGUGUCGGAGGGCAGGCGUAUGUCCGUGGUGAGCACUAGCAGAGUGCGUGUGAAUGGUCGCUGUCUGAGCGCUUCUCGGAACAGGCCCUGGAUGAAGGUGACACUUCAGGCUGGAUUGAUGUGUCAUUGCCCUAAGUUCCAGGAUGUGCUGACGUGGGUGCACUGCCCAGCUCGGCUCCACACCCCCCCUCAGUGCUGCCUCCCUGGAGAGAUCUUGCCUAGGUACAAAUCCAGCCUCUUACGUGCAGUUGUUUGGCUGGGUUUCUGGUUCUUCCCGGCGGGCCCCUUCCGUUGGUCUGGUUUAUCUCAGCAACAGCACUGGCUCUGUGGCAGAGCUGCUGGGUGCCGUGCCGUGCCCGGAGCGAAGUAAAUCGUGGCCCCAGGGAAAUGAGUUUGAGUGCACCCCAGGGAAGGCAGUGGGGGAAGCAGCGUGGGCCAGUGUUAGCUGCGUGGUUUAAACAGAACUAAGCAUUGCCGGGGGGGGGCUCUGCAUUCCCUCUGCAGCACUCCGCACCUUCAGUCGCACAGUGCUCGAGAGGCGUCUCCCCGGCCCAGCCUGGGGGAGACCCUGUGCGUAGUUGUCUGAGUAUAGACCUAAGCAGCAUUGUGGGGUGUGAGGGUCUGGUCCAGGAGCUGUGCCGACCAGCAGAGCUGCCCAGUUGAAAUCUAGUCAGUGUGAGUCCUGUGCCCUGUUUCCCACCACAGGCUCCUGCUUUAGUGCUCUCUCUCGCCAGCGGGUGUGUGAAACCCCUCCGAAUAGGGAGACAGACGCUGCCUGUACACCCAGUGCAGCCACAUGCACACAGGGCCUGCCUUGGGAGAGGAGGAUGUUCUCUCUCUCUGUAGCACUGGGGGGGAACUCCAUGCACAAGCAUGAGUUUCUGGCAGAGCUGACGAGUGGGGAUGUAUUCCGUGCCAGGCUGCUUUGGGCACCUGCAGUUUAUUUCCUGGAGAAGUGAGUGUAUUCGUUGUGCAGGAUUUAAAGUGAUGCUGAUGUUUGGAACCCCUGUGGUCUGGGGGGCAUCUUCCAGCAGCUAGAGACAGUGCCCUAUGGCAGAUUGUCCCCUGCCCCCACUGCUCCUCUUCCCCUUGGGUGCGCCCUGUGUCUUGCUAAGCUGUGCUGGACGGGUCCGAGGGGCCAGAUCGCUCCCCCGGGCUGUGACGACUGGUGAGGGAGUGAGGGGCUGACAGUGCGGUGCCCCUAGGAGCUGCUCAGCCUUGGGCAGGCAAAGCACCAAGCUCUGGGUCCGUGUGUGUAACAGCAGCUUACAAAGCUGGCACCCUGGCCCUGAGCUCAGCUAGCGCAGCUCCCUUGCUGCCGAGAGGGAGGCCCCUCCGGCUGGUGCAAAAGCAAGGAGCUGGGAUUAAGGGAACCCAAAGAAGCCGGUUAUGUGUGUCUGCCAGCGUGUGCGACUGGGGGAUUGAGCUCAGUGAAGGCUAUUGUGACGCACCAGAGAGCUCCCAAAUGCAAAGCCCUCUCCAGACAGCUUUCCCUUGAGUCGAUCGGGCCCCGUGGGCCCCGGGCACUGCGCUGUGUGGCAUUGCUCAGCCUUUGGGGUCCGUCCUCACUUGCUUUGCGGCGGCUCUGCCGUGCUCACGGCCCAGAGCCCUGCCCAGGCGCUGCCGAUCUACAGCACUAGACGGAGGAGCGCGUCUCGUCCCAGCGUGAGCAUCCGAAGGAAGUUCCCCUAAGGCGGCAAUUAGCCCUUGCCCUGAGGAGUCCCUUAAAGGCCUUAUUAUCCCCUGGCUUAUCCCUCUUGUGGUGUCUUAAUGAUCCCAUUCAGUUCCUGUAGCUGCGCACAGGUCUCCGCAGAGGGCGUCUGGGGCCUUCCCCAGAGGCAAAGCCAGGCGCGCAGUGCUGCAGUGAUGUGCCAACAGCCAUGCUCCUAACCACCCCUCCCCGCUCCUGGGAGCACACAGGGCACUUGGAAAUACACCUCCUGCCACAGCACGCAAGGGAUGUCGGUGCAGUUAGUGUCUGGAGAGACCCUGGCAUCCUCUCUGCGAUGGGCACUAUUCACAGAGCCGGGGGAUAGCAGCCAGUCUGUGUGGGACCGCGUGAGCCCUGGACCUGUCCAUCAUUGCUGCAGCGGGACUGGCCUGCUUCUGCUUGGACUGGAGCCACCAGCUUUGCCACGGAUCUUCUCUUUGGUGUGAAUCCAGACCAGCCCCAUACCAGCAGAGCGCUAGUCCCCAGAGCCAGCGGGCCAUUUCCUACCAGCGGGUUUUUGUGCCGGGCCUGCCGCCCCUGUUGUCAGCCUGGGAACGGGAUCGCCUGCAGGAGGGAACACAACUGGUGCCCCUGGGCUGGGAGUGAAGUUUGUGUGCAGCGCGGUCAGUGGUGGAGGUUCGCCAGGCGGGCGGGCGGUGCCCCACGUGCUGUGUAUGUUCGGACGCCGCUGUUCAGCGAAGGGCAGUGGUAGUGUUGUCCCACUCUUACGAGGAAACAGGCCAGAACCAAACUGUCUCUUUCUCUUAAGUGAAGUGAAUUUUUUGUUAUGAAAUGCGAGCAGGCGAUCUGGCCCUGCCGUCCGUCAGUAAAAUGGUGCUUCAGAACCCA